UGACGUGGCAACCAGGCAAAAGACGGCCAUGUUUUGCAUGACGUCAGGAGGACACUGAUCUGUUGUGGAAGUCUACUGCAUUAAGACUGCACACCUUUGCCUGUGGGCUGGUUUGUUGGAGAGGAAGCCAUUAUGACAACUUUUUUGGAAUUCAUCCAGCAAAAUGAAGAUAGGGAUGGAGUUCGCUUCACUUGGAAUGUGUGGCCUUCAAGUCGUUUGGAGGCUACUAGAAUGGUUGCCCCUGUAGCUGCCUUGUUUACGCCAAUCAAGGAGCGGCCUGACUUGCCACCUAUCCAGUAUGAGCCAGUGCUUUGCAGCCGAGCAACUUGUCGUGCUGUUUUGAAUCCCUUGUGCCAAGUUGAUUAUAGAGCAAAACUCUGGGCCUGCAACUUUUGUUAUCAGAGAAACCAGUUUCCACCUACUUACUCUGGUAUUUCUGAGAUGAACCAACCUGCAGAACUUCUACCACAGUUUUCCACUAUUGAAUACGUAGUUCAGCGAGGUCCACAGAUACCUUUGAUAUUUCUCUACGUAGUGGAUACUUGCAUGGAAGAUGAAGACUUACAAGCACUAAAAGAAUCUCUGCAGAUGUCACUUAGUCUUUUACCACCAACAGCCUUGGUUGGUCUUGUCACCUUUGGCCGAAUGGUGCAAGUUCACGAACUUGGUUGUGAAGGAAUUUCAAAGAGUUAUGUGUUCCGAGGAGCCAAAGACCUGACAGCAAAACAGCUUCAGGAUAUGCUGGGCCUUACUAAACCAGUGGCACAGGCAGGACGUGGACCACAGGUACAGCAGCCUCCACCUUCUAACAGAUUUUUGCAGCCAGUGCAGAAAAUUGAUAUGAAUUUGACUGAUCUUUUGGGAGAGCUGCAGCGAGAUCCUUGGCCUGUUCCACAAGGCAAAAGGCCUUUACGAUCCUUAGGAGUUGCACUUUCUAUUGCUGUUGGUCUUCUAGAGUGUACUUUCCCCAACACUGGAGCUCGAAUAAUGACAUUCAUUGGUGGUCCGGCCACUCAAGGUCCUGGCAUGGUUGUAGGCGAUGAAUUGAAAAUACCCAUUAGAUCAUGGCAUGAUAUUGAAAAGGAUAAUGCUAAAUACGUUAAAAAAGCUACAAAGCAUUAUGAAGCCCUAUCAAAUCGGGCAGCUGCAAAUGGCCAUGUUAUUGAUAUUUAUGCCUGCGCUUUGGAUCAGACUGGACUUCUAGAGAUGAAGUGCUGUUGCAAUAAUACAGGUGGUUACAUGGUGAUGGCAGAUUCCUUCAAUACUUCACUUUUUAAACAAACAUUUCAGAGAAUUUUUACGAAGGAUGUACAAGGAAAUUUCAAAAUGGCUUUUGGUGGAAUGCUGGAGUUAAAGACUUCAAGAGAAAUAAAGGUGUCUGGAGCUAUUGGACCAUGUGUAUCUCUCAAUGCAAAAGGACCUUGUGUGUCAGAAAAUGAAAUAGGGACAGGAGGUACAUGUCAGUGGAAGAUUUGUGGUCUUCAUCCCCACACUACACUUGCUUUGUAUUUUGAAGUUGUUAAUCAGCAUAAUGCUCCAAUCCCUCAAGGUGGUCGGGGGGCCAUUCAGUUUGUGACGCAAUAUCAACACUCUAGUGGACAGAGACGCAUUCGUGUAACUACUAUUGCUAGAAACUGGGCAGAUGCUCAAACACAGAUUCAGACAAUUGCUGCAUCAUUUGACCAGGAGGCUGCAGCUGUUCUCAUGGCCAGAUUGGCAGUAUACAGAGCAGAGACAGAAGAGGGACCAGAUGUCCUUAGGUGGCUAGAUAGACAGUUGAUAAGACUGUGCCAGAAGUUUGGAGACUACCAUAAAGAUGAUCCAAACUCUUUCAGAUUCUCUGAAACAUUUUCUCUUUAUCCUCAGUUCAUGUUCCAUUUACGAAGAUCCCCUUUCUUGCAAGUCUUUAACAACAGCCCUGAUGAGAGCUCUUACUACCGUCAUCACUUCAUGAGGCAAGAUUUAACGCAGUCUCUCAUCAUGAUCCAGCCUAUUCUGUAUGCAUAUUCAUUCAGUGGUCCUCCUGAGCCUGUUCUUCUGGACAGCAGCAGCAUUCUUCCUGAUCGCAUUCUGCUUAUGGACACAUUCUUUCAAAUUCUGAUUUAUCAUGGAGAGACUAUCGCACAAUGGCGUAAAGCAGGUUAUCAGGACAUGCCAGAAUAUGAAAAUUUUCGCCACCUGCUACAAGCCCCAAUAGAUGAUGCUCAAGAGAUUCUUCAGACUAGAUUUCCAAUGCCCCGAUACAUUGAUACAGAACAUGGAGGUAGCCAGGCUCGAUUCCUUCUAUCUAAAGUAAACCCAUCACAAACACACAACAACAUGUAUGCAUGGGGACAGGAAUCUGGUGCACCCAUUCUCACAGAUGAUGUUAGCCUGCAAGUGUUUAUGGAUCAUUUGAAGAAGCUGGCUGUGUCAAGUGCUGCCUGAACAUCUCUUGAGAAAAUUAUUAGCAAAAGAGGCAACAGUAACAAGCAAAAGAGAUAUAAUUAUCCAUAUAAAUUGAUGAAAGGUCAUCCAUUUCAUAUACAGUUGUCCACAGGCAAUUCUGUCAUGCUAAUAUCAGUAUCUCUUUAAGCAGCCGUUUGUAGACCUCAGGUACAUUUUAUCAGACACUAAAAGAUGAAUAAAAUGUUGUCAGAACAUGCUUUCACUUAGAUCAAUGCCAAAAGUUUUGCAAAAUCAAGUCUACUAUUUGCUGCAUAUCAGGCCGGGACAUCAUAUUUGUUUACUGGAAGAAGAGUUGAACAUGGUUUUCAUUUGAUGGCUGCUUGAUAGACUGUACAAUGAAUAUGGCCUCUGCAUUGGUUUAUCUCAAAAAGUCAGCAUUUGUGAUACUUGUUUUGUGGUACAGCAUGUUAACAACCAAGUUUCGUUCCUUUUAAAAUAACCUUCACAAGCUGAUUUUUGUAGACAUUUUAAAACAAAAGUUUAAUGCAGUAUGGAACAAUAUGUUAGAAAUUAUUUAAAGAAAUCCACACUAAAAGGCUCGGAUGAGGCAGAAUUAGCCAAAGAACAAAUUAUAGAAAGCUUUUCUAGCAGGAAAUAGACAGUAUUAUUGUGAUUGUUUUGUACUUAAAGUAACACUGUUUUCAUCUUUUAAAUAAUGUGAAUUUGAUAUACAUUGUAUCUCUUGUGCAUUUUUAUUUUCAAGAGCAGUUAAUGCUUUCAUGAAAUAAACAAAUAGUGAAAUCCA